AAUAUGGCAAUUUAAUACAAUUUUGUAUAAAAGAGUGAAUGUAUACGUAUAUCAUAAGAAAUUAGAUUUUUAAAUAUAUAAAUGCUAAAAUAAUGACAUCAGUAUCAAAGCUUCGGAUAAGUAAUAUUUUACCGCCUAUUAAAUGCUCGAAUUGCGAGGAAUAUGUCCAAUUAUCAAAAAUGGGAGAGCAUAUAUGUGAGAAAACAAAAGAAAUAUACCAAAAAAAUUUUAAGAAUUAUGCAUAUUCAUCAUCAUUUCCUGAGGCAUCUAAAUCACCAUUGGGGUCGAAUAAAGAGAUGAAUGAUAUAAGUCUAUUUACAUCUUCACAUAAUAAAUCAGUUUCUUCUAGCGAAGUUACUUAUAAGGAUGAUGAAAUAAGUAAAAAGGAGAAUUGUCAAAAAAAGCGCCAUAUUUUUGAGCGUUUAAAUACAGUUACACCAGGACCUUUAGGCUUACGUAAUCAUUCAGAUCUUAAGAACACGAAAUGUAUGGAAUCAGAACGUUCUUGUAAAGAUUCUUUGGUACAAGGAGUACAGGACAAGAGUGCGAAAAAACGUAGUGCUAGACUUCAACCUUAUAGAUGGCCUAAUAGUACAUCAAGUCAAUCUUCAAUAUCUAUGUUUGAUUCAUCGCCAUCAGAGAAAAAUUGUAUAGAUUCAAUGUCUCAAAAAAAAAAUAAGGAUGAUAUAGAAGUGAAUUAUGAGCAAAUGAUCUCGCCGACAUGUGAAAAUAUUGAAAAAAUAUUAACAUUGAAAGAUAAAUCGAAUUUAACAGAAUAUACAAGAGACAGGAGCUCUUGUACAGAAAAAAAAUCAAAAACAAGAAAUGAGACACAUUUACGUCAAAAUUCGAGGAAAGAGUCAAGAUUUCCGGAUGAAAAUAGCGAAAGAUAUUUAAUAGAAUGGGCGCGGAGAGAUAAAGAGCUUUCUUCAAAAUUUAUUGAGAAAACACCAAAUCCCGUUAUAUCAAUUCAAGAAUGCAAUAAUAAGAAUAUACAUUCAAGACCAUUUAAUGAAAAGAAAAUUUAUAAUAACAAGCAUAGUUAUUUUUUUGAACGAAAUAGUAAUUCUACCGCUUUUUCAACAUCUAGUAAUAUUAGUCGAGAUGGAAAGAUAUCUUCGUGUUCUAUAUCAAGUCCUAAUUCUGAAAUUUCUGUAUCAAAUCUUCAAAAGCAAAAUGUUAUUUCUAAGGACGAGCUACACACAGGAUCUUUUGAUAAAACGUUCAAUGAUCCGGAAAAUUCUCUUCAUAUGUUUCAUGCUCGUUCUGACGAUAUACUUGCAUUUCAUAUUAAUAAUACUUCUCAAAAAAACAUAAUCAGAAAUAAAUAUUUAUCUGAUUUUUAUUGCAAAAGAUGUAAUAAAUAUAUUGAAGGGAAAUCUAUUCGCUGUUCAGAUGGAAAAAUCUCUGGUAGAUUUCACCGUGAAUGUUUUAAAUGUUUUAAUCCGAACUGUCAAAAUUUAUUUACUACUUCUGAAGUCUACGUUUUUGAAGGUGAACCGUUUUGUUCCAAACAUUACCAUAUUCUUAAUAAUUCCUUAUGUACUGCAUGUGGGGAAGGUAUAGAAGGUAAAUGUUUUCAAACGGAAACCAACGAUAAAUACCAUUUUUAUUGUUUUACAUGCUAUUCUUGUAAAAAGCCUCUCAAUGGUGAAUAUUUUGAUAUCGAUGGGAAAACUUAUUGUGAAAAUGAUGUUGCCAAGCUCCUUACUCUUAAGAUGCUUCCAUAUCAACGUUUAGAGAAACGGAAGACUAAAAUACUUACUAUGGGGACAUUUUAA